AAAAAACAAAACCAAACCACAACAGUGUGUGUCAGUAGUGAAGCGAAAACCUAAGUGUGGAUUUCUAAUUUGUUGGAGUGUUACAGUCAAGAUCUGCGCCUCUCUCUAAUCGGGACGUUUUAUCUCGUCUUUUCUGGCUUGGGAUUUAUUGAGUAGCUCGGAAGUACAACUUUCAUUCAUUCAUCAGAUUAAGAUGUCUGACUUUCAAAUGGAUCAAGUUGCCCCCUUGUCCAGUAGCUGCCGCGGAAGUCUGAAGCGUCAGGCUGCUUUUGAUAUUAUUGAAGACAAUGCAGUGUUCCUCCGGCAUUAUCUGUCUUCUGAUGAUGACCAGUCAGUCCAGGAAGUCCCAUCAGCUCUUGAUUAUGUGUCACAUGACCUCAACACCUAUGGAGUACCCCUUCUGACUCCAUGCAGUAAGGCUGUCGUGAGCCAGGCUUUGAAUGACAGUUUUAGUGGCUUUCUGAAAGAGCGAGGCCGUCUUGGAAUUCCCAGUGAUCCACACCAGUGGAGUGAACUGCAAGUUUUCCAGUGGCUCCGUUGGGCAUCCAAUGAGUUCAGUUUGGCAAAUGUGAACUUUCAGAAGUUCAACAUUACUGGGCAGAUGCUCUGUGACAUGGGCAAAGAGCGUUUUCUAGACUUGGCACCUGACUUUGUGGGGGACAUCCUCUGGGAGCACCUGGAACAGAUGAUGAAAGAUUGUCAAGAAAGUGAACAGUCCCAGUUCAGUAAUGUUACCCCUGAUGUAAUUUCCAGUUGGAUCAACAACAACUUAAUUGAUUUCAGUUUUGAUCAAACUCAGAUGAAGAACUUACUAGAUGAGCUGUUGGACAAUUCAGAAAAAACGUCAGUCAAAAGUCUUUCUGGCACUGAUCAGGACUACCAGAUGUUUUCAAAACCACAGCUACACACCAUCAGUAUGAACUAUUACACCAUGAACCAGGACCUAGCAUUUAACAGUCUGAAUCUUGAAAACCGCAGAGCAUAUAACACCAAAGAUCAGGAUUCUGUGGAAAGCGUUGACAGCUAUGACAGCAAGGACACUGCAAUGCAUUCAUGGAAUAGCCAGUCCUCGCUGUCUGAUGUGCAGAGAGUACCAUCCCAUGACAGCUUUGAUGAAGACUUUAAUGUCGGAACCUUAUGCCUUAACAAGGAAGGUCUGUCUUUCAAAGACUACGUACAGGAAAGGAACAAUCCUCUGGAACAGGGAAAACCCGUCAUACCUGCUGCUGUUCUGGCAGGAUUCACAGGAAGUGGCCCUAUUCAGCUCUGGCAAUUUCUGCUUGAGUUGCUCACUGAUAAAUCCUGUCAGUCGUUCAUCAGCUGGACUGGAGAUGGAUGGGAGUUUAAACUUACAGAUCCCGACGAGGUUGCUCGUCGAUGGGGUCGGAGAAAAAAUAAGCCCAAAAUGAAUUAUGAAAAAUUAAGCCGUGGUCUCCGUUACUACUACGAUAAGAAUAUCAUCCAUAAGACUUCUGGCAAGCGCUAUGUCUACCGAUUUGUCUGUGAUCUGCAAAAUUUGUUGGGUUAUUCUGCAGAGGAGCUACAUGCCAUGUUGGGUGUUCAACCAGAUACUGAAGACUGAACUUCAGCUCCAGAGAAGUGGAAUGCUUUGAAAAUGUGCAAAGUUGUUAACACCGCUCUGAAGCUUCUUGAGUGCUCUUUAUGUUGGUGAAGAGAUGUUCUCUUUGAUAGACCAUCGUAACGGCACAACAUAGUUGAGGGGAAAUGGAGGCUGUGCUUCACCACUGAGAGGAAUAACUUGCCUGUUUUUGUGUUUCUAAGAGCUGUCACAAUUUUCCGUUUCUGUUUAUACACGUACACUGUAUUCUGUGUAUUGAUUUAUGAUGAACCUUGCCUGAUGUGAGCUGAGGUUGCAAAAGAGCCGUUUUCUUUUUUGCUUUUUACUUGAAAUUCCAAGCUUUAAAGGCAUGGUAUUUGUUUUUGUUCUGGGUCAUAGAUUCUAGGUAAAGUGAUCCGUGAAAAGCUCUUUCAAAGCAGCAUUCAUUUAUUCAUUCAGCCUGGUUUAUAAGACAUGAAUGUUGUUGGUUAGGUUGCAAUUUGUUUUUAUUUAUUUAUAAGGUUGUAUUCAGUAAGGGAAGUUGCAUACAAUGAAACUGUAGUUAAAUUAGUCAGUGUGGUUUCAACGUGAAUUACACAGGCGCACACUAUGUCAUAGCCAAGGGAGGUUUAAAGAACCUGGGAAUUCACAAAAGAUACGUCAACAGUAAAGCAUAUGGAAUCAGUGGUGAUAUUUUUUCCCAGUGAAGCAAGACAUUUCUGACUAUUUUAAUAAUCUUCAUUUAAUAUUUGUAUUUAUGUACGUGUUUAUGUAUAUAAAAUAUAUAUAUAAUAUUUUAAGUGUUUCUUAAAAUUGAAAUAUUUUGUGAACACCAAAUAUGGUCGUAUGUUUGCAGUUGGUUGAGCAGUGCUUAAACCUUUUUUUUUCUCUUUUCCCAAAAGAGCGAUACCCAUGUAAAUAAAUGGUUUUUAUAUUUUGUUGUAUGUUGUAUUUUGCAUGUCCGUAUGAGAUUUGUUUUUUCAGAAACUGUAGACAAAUGAAUGCAGAAAUUUUGUAUAUUUUUGAGACAUUUAGGUGCAUUUAUCCUUCAGGAGGAAAUAGAAGGAUGUUUUGUAGCAGCUAUUCUAACUGCACUUAACCUAACAGGUUAUCAGAUUCAAUAAACCUUUAUUUUUUUGUAAUUCAA